AUAGUAUAAAAUCAUAUAAAAUGUAUAAAAACACAUCAUCUGCCCGCCGCUAUCAGUCUUCUCAGUACACUCGAAGAGAUACAUACCAUCAUGAUGAUUUAUUUAGGCGCGCUCGUUCUCGCCACAUACAUAUCGGCAUCCGCCGCUCUGCCGCCCUGCGUAUGCACCCGCGACCUCAAACCGGUCUGCGGCACCGACGGCACCACCUACAACAACGAGUGCCUGCUGGAUUGCGCACGCACACGCGGCAAGUCCGACCUCGCAGUCGAGAGACGCGGGCGAUGCGACUUCCCUGACAUCCAAGGUGACCCCGACUCCUGCAUAUGCAGUACCCUCGAGCUCAAGCCCGUAUGCGGCUCCGACGGCAAGACCUACCCCAAUAGCUGCGCAAUGGACUGCCAGGCCCGCGCCAGGGGGGUCGAAAUCGUCAAAACCCACGAUGGCGAAUGCAGACAGAAGCGGGAAGUAACCCUUCAGGAUUACCCCUGCUUGUGCACCAUGGAGCUCAUGCCGGUCUGCGGCUCCGACGGCCAGACCUACCCCAACCAGUGCGCCAUGGAGUGCCAGGCGCGCGACAGCAAAGUUGACAUCGUCAAAGACUACGACGGCGAGUGCGAAGAGAGGCGGGAUAGUCCGAACGACUGCUUAUGCACGAUGAUUUACAUGCCAGUAUGCGCGUCCGACGGAAACUCCUACCCCAACAGUUGCGCCAUGGAUUGCGAGGCGCGCGCAAAAAGCGUACAGCUCGAGAAAGUCCACGACGGGGCAUGUUGAUUUAAGAGGGACACUGUCAAAGUGGCCCAGUCUUAGGCGUGUGAUACAAUAAACGUUUUACUUUUAUACCGUUUUCAAUUUA